GCGAUGAUCCAUCCAAUAGGAGAGAGCUUCCGCUUGUUUGAAAGUUGUGUGUGGCGGAGAGAGAAGAGCGGGCGGGUGUUUGGAGGUCCUGGCAGUGAGGAGAUUUGUGGCAAGCAAUCAUGGAGAGCAGAUCUCAGUUUGUUGGACGUUAUAAAAAAGACCUGAGUAUAGACCACUUGAGAGCGAAAGUUGCCAGACGCAAAUCCAUAAGGCAGAAGGAGAACAGAGAUGUAGAGUUCCGGAAGAGCAGAGGUCUGGCACUGAUGGACUCAAAUGUUUCAUUUGGGAUAGAGCCGGACCUGCCAGUGCUGGACGAGGUUAAUGAGACUAAGGCGUCCAUGGAUAAUAGUGCAGUCUUUGGUAAAAGGAGAGAUAACAUUGACUCUGGGCGCCAGGUACUUCUGAAGCGCUAUUUGGAAGAAAAGGAGAUAAGGAAACUUAAGGAACAGAGACAAAAGGCAAACAAAGCAGUCUUCAAAUGCGGUCUAUACAAGCCUGAAAAUCCGUUUAUUCCGGUCCUCCAUCCCACCUCCCAGCAUGCUUUCAAAGUUAAAACAAAAGAAAAGCCCGCACCACCUGCUGUGACCAGAGUUAACAGACCAGCAGCCAAAAUAGAUGCUCCAGUUCCUUCUACUCGAUCUCGUCCUGUACAGACUGUGGUACCUGCUGUGACUAGAGUUACCAGAUCGGCAGUCAAAAUAGAAGCUCCUGUUCAUAAACCUCUUUCUCGGCCUGCAUGGGUGCCUGUGGAAAACAAAAUCUCUGACCAUACUGCUUCAAAAGGACGUGGACAAAAGUCUGCCCCAAAAAAUGAGAAGGAAAACAAAGUAACCACUAUUCCAUCUGUCAGGACUACAAGAGCAACAGCAGCUAUAGCUGCCAAGAGUCGGCUUCCAACAGUAAAGGCAAUAAACACUUCAGUAGUGGUCAAGCCUCCAAAAACAACCAAGGUGAACUCUGAACAGGAAUCUGUUUUAAAGGAACCAGAGCCUGCGGUACUUAACCAAGAGAAAUCUGAAAAGUUGAAAUUAGAGGUUGUUGUGAAAGAACAGCCAAAGCCAGCUAUUUCCAUGAAAGUGACAGCUGUAGAAAGUGAGAUCCUUACAAAGACCACCAUACCAGAAGAAAGCAAGCCAUCCUUUGCUCCAGAGAAUUUUGAGUUUCAACCAUUGGCUGGACUAUCAACUUUCAAGUUCCAGCCAUUGACUCCCAAAAGAGCCAAUGCUUUCUUGGCACCAACUGCCACAUGGAGUCCUUUAGCUGGUAAAAGCAACUUUGUGUACACACGAUUGCAUGAAAAUGAAGAAAAUAGGAGUCCUCAGGUGUCCCCUCCUGACUUGGCCAUAAAGACCACAAGCGUUGAACAGGAAAUGGACACUCUUCCUGAAGCCAAAGGUGAUGUCUGUACAGCUCUGCCUGUUAUGGAAGAAAGCCUUCCUCCAUGUGCCCAAGAUGCAAGUACACCAACCAGUCCUCAAUCGGAUCAGACUCAUCACGAUGUGCCAUAUUUCCGAGGUUUGCUAAAGUCUGAGAUUCAGAGGCUGGCUUUGCUGUGCAGUGAGUGGGAUACAAGAUUUGAAGAGGAUAUUCCAGAGGACUCAAAAGAUCUGAUCAGAACAACAGUUGGGCAAACCAGGCUGCUGAUAACCGAGCGGUUUAAACAGUUUGAGGGUCUGGUGGAUAAUUGUGAAUUUAAGCGUGGAGAAAAGGAAACCACAUGUACAGAUCUUGAUGGAUUUUGGGAUAUGAUUUAUUUUCAGAUUGAAGAUGUAACCAAGAAGUUUGGUAAUCUUAAGAAACUGGAAGCGAACUCCUGGCAACAGAUUACAGUUCAAGCUAAAAAGGUGGUCAGGAAAAAAGCUCCUUUGGCUCCAACCGUGAACAAAAGCCAGGGAGAGAAUGCUCGAGCAGCUGCCAGAAGUCGUCUUGCUGCCAUUAAAGCAGCAAUGAGAAACCAAGUGAAGCAGGAGGACAUGGCUGACAAGGCCUUAGUCUCAGAACAGCCCACACAAGUAGAUCCUGUUGUAUUUGAUGCAGGCUUUUUUCGAAUUGAGAGCCCGGCAAAACUACCUGGCUGUCGAAAAACAAUAACUUUUUCCCAGACAUCGGAUACACCCAAAUCAACCAAAAAAUUACAAAAUUCUGACGAGCCAUUGAGGGAUGGUACAGAAGAGGCUGCUGAUCAUAUUGAUGUGCAAAAGUCCCCAAGUUCUGAAAAAUCCCCAGUGAGAAAAGUUCUCUUUGACACAGAAGAGGAAAGUUUGCAGCACCAUCAAGAGGAUCCUGUGGUUACCAUUUCUGCGUACACCGAAUCAGAAAUUCCGUCGCAAGAAGUUGACCUGACGAAGUAUUUGGCUUGUACUACAGAAGUUACUCAAAGUUUAACAGCUGAUUCUCCAGGGCUUAUGGAACUCUCAAGGCUUGAAACUGAACUGGAAGAGGACAGUACAUUUAAAGUUCCAUCCACAGACCUGGGUGACGUUUUAAUGUGCAGUCCAGAAAAAGUUGAGGAAUCUAGAAUUCUGGCCCCAGAAGAUGGCAUUAUUGAAAUGCCUGAUGAAGACAUCAAGAAAUCCGACAGUCCGCUAGACUUCCUUGAAAGCUGUACUUCAGAUAUGGUAACACGUACCCCCUUGAAGUCCGAAUCGAUGACUGCAGUAUCUGAUUUAAUUGUAUUUUCACCGAUGGAAAGUUAACCUUUUGUGGAGGAUUGGGAACCUAUGCCUGCCCAUGCAAACCAGAAGAUUUCAAUUGUGCUGUUUUAUGUAUUUUUAUAUUUUUAAGAUCAAAACUGUUUUAAGAGCCAUUUUUGAUGUUUUUUUUUUAUCACAUUACUGUUAUGUUGCAUGUUUCUGAUAAGCUGUUUUUUUUUUGUUUUUUUUUUAAGGGUUAAUGUUUUGGCAGUUCAGAUGCAGAGGCUUUAAUUGUAGGAAAAAUCAGAAUGUAAAUUAGUAAAACAAUUUCUGCAGACGUCUCAGAUACAGUUAUUAUAAAGGAUAGUUUGUUAUAUUUAAAAUGCAUAUGCUUGUAUUAUAGAUAAGCUAAGCAUGACUUCAGUAAACAGCUUGUCAAAGUUU